AUGCCCGCUGCGGUUAAGGCAGCGCUGGAGGGCAUCAUCGGGGACAGCACGGAGCUGGAGAGGAUGAUUCCCGAAUGGGAUCGGGCCGAGAGGGACAGAGGGGCGCCCGCCUGCCUUGGCAAAGUGCCCCGGGACAUGGUGAAGAACUUCUCCCACACCAAACGUGUCGGGAGCUACCUGGUUGGGAAAAUGAUCAACAAGGGCUCCUUCGCCAAAGUGAUGGAGGGGCUGCACAUCAGUACUGGUGAGAAGGUGGCUAUCAAGGUGAUCGACAAGAAGAAGGCGAAGCAGGACUCGUACGUGCUGAAGAACAUGAAGAGGGAGCCCCGCAUCCACCAGAUGAUCAAGCACCCCAACAUCGUGCAACUGUACGAGACGCUGGAGACGGAGAACUCCUACUACAUGGUGAUGGAGCUGUGUCUGGGCGGAGACCUCAUGGACCGCAUCUGUGACAGGAAGCGCCUGGAGGAGAGGGAGGUGCGCAAGUACACCCGGCAGAUCCUGUCCGCCGUGGAGCACCUGCACCGCCACGGCAUCGUCCACAGGGAUUUAAAAAUUGAAAACUUCCUCUUGGAUGAAUACAACAAUAUCAAGAUUGUUGACUUUGGCCUGAGCAACACCCUGAAGGCCGAGGCCCUGUCCCAGGACCUGCUCAACACGCAGUGCGGCAGCCCGGCAUACGCCGCGCCUGAGCUCCUGGCACACAAGAAGUACGGGCCCAAGGUGGACGUGUGGUCAGUGGGGGUGAGCAUGUUUGCCAUGCUAACAGGCACCUUGCCCUUCACCGUUGAGCCCUUCAACAUCAAACAGCUGCACCAAAAAAUGGUCAAUGGCGAAAUCAGCGCCAUCCCCUCUGACAUCAGCAAAGCGGCCAUUCAGUUCGUGCUGUCCCUUCUGGAGCCAGACCCGGCCAAGCGGCCCAGCAUUAAAGAGGCCAUGGAGGAAAAAUGGUUGAACGAGGGCUACGUCAAGAGACCGCUCAAUUCGGUUUUCUACAAAAACAGACUUCGGCCAGAUGAACUGAACUCGGCCGUGCUGAACUACAUGACCGAGUCUCUGGGUUACGGUCUCUCUGAUGUCAUUCACACGCUGAUCAAUAACCGACCCUCCGCCAUCAUGGCCGCCUACUGCCUGUUAGUGAAGAAACUGGCCAGGCACCAAAAAGGAGUCAAAGCCAUCAAGAAACUAGAGAACAGUGACUGGAAUCUCCCUAACAAAACUUGGAAGGAAAAGGCCAAAACAGGGCAAAAAGUCCAGCCACAGAAGGAGGUGAAUGUGGAGAGGAACACAAGGCAGUCCAGUAAGCCCCUACCGAACCAGUGUCAUGAUACAGAGUCUGAGGGCAGCAAAAAGAAGGCAGAUGACACACUGAAGGAAAACAAUGAGACCUCCCCGUCUUCAGCUCCUCUGUCAGAGGAUGCUAUUACAGAUGAUGAGAUUGCUCAUGAGAUCACUCUGGAUAAUAAGGAGGGGCUCUUUCCCGAAGUUUCCACGUUUGCGGAGAGGGAGCUGGUCCAUAUUUCGCCUCCGAAGUGCUCCUGCAGGGAGGCCUCCUGCUCAAAGCUGUGCGAGUCGGCUCCCUGUGACAUACCGGCAAACGCUGAGCUGAGCAAGGAGGUGGGAGUCGCCACGAGAGUGCAGAAACCGCACGAGCUGAGGCCCACGCACUCGGAGAACUCCCCAGUGGAGCAGGCGAACUACCACGCAGAGGACAAACUGGAAAAGCUCCAGACGUUCUACUCAGACAAAGGUGUCUCUCCCAGGACGCACCUAGACAAUAGGGGCCACAGCCGGAAGGGACGUCACCUCGCCACCAUUGAGUCGGCACAGACAUCACCGCUGCCAAAGCUGAGGCACACGGCGCUGAAGGACAACAUCUCCAGAAAGAUCACGUGGGUGGGCAUGACGAGGCACAGCACCAGCGGCUCGCCUUUCUUGGUGAACGGCUCGAGGCCCCCUGUGUUCCCCCCCUCGCGGCAACAGACUCUCGUUAUCAAGAGCCUGCGUCACUCCAAAGAGAGGGGCCGCAACGCCGCCGGGAGCAACGCGGCCAAGCGCAACUCCAUCCAGCUGAGAAACUCCCACAGGGUGGCAGACCUGAACCUGCCCAUGCUCUCCCCCGCCUUCCCGUCAAAGACAGACAAGAAGUCAGAGCUCUUCAGGAUGGAUUUUGGAUGA